AUGGCAAGAACCAAGCAGACCGCGCGUAAAUCCACCGGCGGUAAGGCACCUAGGAAGCAGCUCGCCACUAAAGCUGCACGUAAGAGCGCGCCGGCUACCGGCGGUGUGAAGAAGCCUCACCGUUACAGGCCCGGCACUGUGGCUCUAAGGGAGAUUCGCCGUUACCAGAAGUCUACCGAGCUGCUCAUCCGUAAGCUGCCGUUCCAGCGUCUGGUGAGAGAAAUAGCUCAGGACUUUAAGACCGACCUGCGCUUUCAGAGCUCGGCUGUCAUGGCCCUGCAGGAGGCGAGCGAGGCCUAUCUGGUCGGUCUGUUCGAAGACACCAAUCUGUGCGCUAUUCACGCCAAGAGAGUGACCAUCAUGCCCAAAGACAUUCAGCUGGCCCGCCGUAUUCGCGGAGAGCGCGCUUAAACAUUAUACUCCGUCUAAUCUACACAAAGGCUCUUUUAAGAGCCACUUCAUUGUUUCAGAAAAGUCGGC